ACUAUGUGGUCAAUUGGCAAUGGAAGAAUGAUAUAUGCGCUCUUAUAUAUCAAAUAAUUUAACUCUUCAAUUUUUUAAAUAAGAACAUAAACCUCCCUAUUACCCCCACCGGAGAAACCCUCGCCGUCGCUGAGAAAAAGAAGCAACGUUACAUAACCACCGUCAACCGAAAAUGGAGGACAUCGGUGGAAUGAAGCAGGAACUGCAACUUCAUCUCCAUAAACUGCGCCACAUGAAAUCAGAAGAAACUCUAAACCACAUACUCUCCACUCUCUGGAACACAAGGAAAACCGGUCUUCCCCCUCCCGAUAAAUCGAAUUUCCAAUCCCUUCUCAAACUCUCUUCACAUUCUCAACUCGAUCCUGUGUUGGCGUGUCUUCGGUGGCUUAUCAGGAAAUUUGUUUAUCAAAACUGGAGCGACGAUGAGCUUCUCGAAUUGCUUCCGGCCGAUCUCCCGUUGCAGUUGCAAACCAUUCUUUUACUCACCUUCCAGAAAAAUCGAGAUCGCUGGAAGCAAGAUAUAUCUUCACAGCAAGUCAGAACACAUGUCCCUCCAUCUUUUUCCUCUGCACCUUCUUCCUCGAUGUCAAUAUCUACGUGGCCACGGCAAGACCAUGAUUCUCUUUCCCAGCUAAUCUGCGGUGAUUUGGGACUAUCAACACCACUUGUUGCUGAUGUUAAUGAGUCGGGGCUGCCUGCUUGCUUCCAAUGUGAUAUCACUUCUUCUGAGAAUUUGGUACUUGAGGAAAACCUUCCUUUUCUCAAAUCAAUGACUUGGACCAUGGAGAAUGGUGGCGCAUCCCCCGCAGAUAGAGUGGCUAUUAUCAGCCUUAAGCUGCAGGAUUAUAGUAAGUCUCCGUUAGGUGAAAAAGAGCUCAAGUUUCAGCUCACAAAGGAUACACUUGAGGCGAUGCUGAGAUCCAUGACAUACAUCAGCGAACGGCUAAGUGCUGUUGGGACUAAAUCCAGGCCAGCAAACAAGAAACAAAAGAAGUAACUUGUUUUCUGGUAAUGGCUCAUAAGUUUGGAAUACUUAGAAAUAUUAAGACAGUUCUCAUACUUUUAAUCGCGAAAAUUGAAAAAUAGAGCUAGUAAAAUAAAAAGAACAUAGCUCUGACAUAUUUUGUAAUUUUAGUUUUUUUUAUGGAUGACACUGAAGUAAAGUUCCAGCUUGUUGUGAACAGUUUAUCUAUCUUAAGAUUUGUACAAGUGAAGAUGUGUAUACAACACAAUGCUUUCUCUUUCAA